AUGAAGACUAUUGGGGUUAACAGAAUCUCGCUUGUUCUCGUCAGUUUGUUUUGUUGCCAUGGCUUAACGGAUGGGUUUGUUUUGAAAGGUGAACAAAUAGAAAAAAAUUCAAAUUUUGUUGUCGUUGCUGUUGAGUCAAAAUUAUUGCCGAUGGAUUAUAUACUUUCAUUUUUUGAUCAAUCGAUUAAAAUGUUGGACAUUCCAAAUAAAUUGCUUGAUCAUAAAUUUAUAAUCAAUAAAAGUGCAGUGACUUCACCACUGAUCCUUUAUGAGACUUCGACUCAAAUACCAGACCCGAAUGCUAGUAAGAGGAUCAUAAGACAAGCAAAUACUGCUGAUGGUCUAUUGAGAAAGGCCAACUUAACAAAAUCGCCUCAUGGCGUCUAUUAUAAUACAAUGAACUCAACAGCUGCUGAACAUUCUACAAGAAUGAUCGAUACUAUGUUAAACGGUGUUUCUAAUUGUACAUCUUACAUUUCGACGAUCAAAAAAUAUUCUACAAGAAUGAUCGAUACUAUGUUAAACGGUGUUUAUAAUUAUACAUCUUACAUUUCGACGAUCAAAAAUCAGUCUAUGAAAAUGAUUGAUAAUAUGUUCAUCGGUGUUUCUAAGUGGGUAUCUUAUAUGAAGAACAAAGAAUAUGAUCUAAUAUCAACAAUUAGUGUGUGUGCGUUGAUAGGAGCGUUCUUUGGGAUACUGCUGUUUGUUGCUGGAAAAGCAAUUCAAUUAAGGAAAGCUCGGAAUGGAGUGAAAGAACAUAUGCCAGAAAAUAUCUUGAUGUACAUGGUGUAGAAUGGGAACAAUUUAUAUUAUGAUUUAAAAUUGCAAUUAUCAUUUAAUAUUAAAUCGUAGUAAUUUUUUUCCAUUCUACAGCAUGCUUAUUGUUAAAAGUAUGUGAUUCAAUGUUAAGUGUUCAUAAAAAAAUAAAAGGAUAUA